AUAUCUUGGUCCGUGGUAAUAACAAUCGGCGUUUUGCUCCGAACCGCAAACACCAGAAUCGUUGAUACAAAGUACAAACGUCGUUCAAUUUGUUAGUUGAAUACUUGAAUUAACUUAAAUCUUAAUUCAUUAAUCAUUUGUUAGUCUUAGACCUUAGUUGUUACAAAUAGAUGUGUUAUUUGUUUAUUUCAACUUCCAUUUAAAACAAAUCUUCGGCCAACAUGGGGAAAUCAAAAAAGAAACAUUCGAAAAAAAGCAAAAAAGAAAAAACUGUAGAAUUUGGAGGCAUUAAGAAAUCAAAACAAGUAUUGGCAGAUUAUGAUCCUACUGGUCCAGUUACGCUUUCAGGAUCAUUAUACUCUUUUCGUGAACUUAAACCUAUUCCGAUUCCUGAAAAAGACCUUCUUGGACGUUGUCGAUUUGUAGCUGAGUUUGAAAAAUUGAAUCGCAUUGGGGAAGGAACAUACGGUGUUGUAUAUCGUGCAAAGGAUUCAAAAUCACCUUUAGAAAAGAUUGUUGCAUUAAAAAAAGUUCGCAUGGAAAAUGAAAAGGAAGGAUUACCAAUGAGUGCACUUCGUGAGAUAUCAUUAUUGUUGAAAUGCGAUCAUGAGAAUAUUGUUCGCCUACAAGAAGUUUUAGUUGGCAGAAGUUUAGACAGUAUAUUUUUGUCUAUGGAAUAUUGUGAACACGAUUUAUCCAGCUUAUUAGACAACAUGGCUACUGCAUUCACUGAGUCUCAAGUAAAAUGUAUAUUUUUACAGCUCUUAAAAGGACUUAAGUAUUUGCAUUCAAAUUUCAUUAUUCAUCGUGAUCUCAAGGUAUCUAAUUUAUUGAUUACUGACAAAGGAUGUGUAAAAAUAGCUGAUUUUGGAUUAGCUCGUUUUUUUGGUGUGCCACCAAAGAAAAUGACAGCUAAAGUGGUAACACUUUGGUACAGAGCUCCUGAAGUCUUAUUGGGAUCUCCUAAGUUGACAACAGCUAUUGAUAUGUGGGCAACUGCAUGUAUUUUUGCUGAACUUUUGCUUCACAAACCAUUAUUACCUGGUCGUACCGAAAUACAUCAACUUGAUUUGAUAUGUCAACUUCUUGGUACUCCCAAUGCUUCAAUAUGGCCUGAAAUUGAUACGUUACCUGCACUGAAGAAUUUUACAUUAAGACCACAACCAUAUAAUAAUAUUAGACCAAAAUUUCCGUGGUUAUCAGAUGCUGGUAUUCGUCUUUUGAACUUUUUGUUCAUGUAUGAACCGAGUAGAAGAGGAACAGCUGAAGAAUGUCUACAGAGCUCAUACUUUGUUGAACCACCAUUGCCAUCUGAUCCUAAAUUGAUGCCUACAUUCCCACAACAUCGUAAUUUAAAACUUAAAAAACCAUCACAUCAACCAAAAGUUUGUCAAACUAUUCCACCAGUUGUACCAUCAUUAACGGACUUAUUGAGCUGGAAAUAGAAGAAAGAAUAUUGUUUUAUGACUUACAAUAUCUUAAUCUUUGAUAUUAUACAAUUUUUAUUCAACAAAAUCAUUAUAAAACAAUUUUGGUGUGUACUCUUAUACUAAAAAAACGUGAACUAAUUCAUUUUUAAAAAUAAUAAACAUAAUUAUAUCGGAUUAUAAAUA